UCACGUUGUUUUGGGUGAAAGUAGUUUGUACACAACAAAAAUAAUGGUUGUACUGCUUAAAUGAAUUACCGAAUCAAAUGUAGUACGGAUGUUGUUUAUGUCACGUUACAGAAGUGCCCUGUCACACUGAGCUUUGAAGGAAACUGGCAUUUUAAAAGGACCGAGAUGUAGUACGACAGUAACAACAAAUUCGCCGGUGUUGAUACAUGGCAACUGUCAAAGCUCACAGGCGACAAUUUUCUGCUCUUUUUGUCACAAAUUACAUCACAAAACCGACCAAAAAGAAUGAUCAAGAGUUUACCCAAAAAUGUUCAAGCACAGCUGCGCUCUGGUGUUGCUAUUUUCUCAUUGCAGCAAUGUGUGGAGGAGCUCAUAUUAAACAGCAUUGAUGCGGGAGCAACAUGUGUGGCUGUCAAAAUAGACAUAGAGGCCUGCAAGCUUCAGGUCAUCGACAAUGGCUCAGGAAUGUGCCUGGAGGACAUGGAGAAAGUUGGACUGCGCUACAACACAAGCAAAUGCAGCUCCCUGGAGGAUUUGGAUAAUCUUCAUUUUAAUGGUUUCAGAGGAGAAGCCAUUUCCAGUAUAGUUUCCCUUGCAGAAAUGGUGGAAAUAUCAUCUAGGACCAAGCAGUCUGUGAAAACGUAUGUUAAGUCUUUUAAUGAAACAAAUGCGUCAGAGGUUUUCGAAGCUCAAACUGUUCGCCCUUCUGCAGGGACGACCGUCACAGUCUACAAUCUCUUCCACAACAUGCCAGUCCGUAGAAAGCGAAUGGAUCCUGUUUUAGAAACUGAACGAAUCCGUCAGAGAGUGGAGGGCAUAUCUUUAAUGCACCCGUCUGUGUCAUUCACAGUGAAAAAAGAAAAUUCAGCGCACAUGAUGGUGCAGCUCUCUAAAACAAGAAGUACCUAUUAUAGGUUUGUGCAAAUUCAUGGCUUAAAUCGAGCCCAAAAGCUUGGAGAAGUCAAUUAUGAACACGAGCAGUUCAAAAUAACCGGUCAUAUCGGCCGUGAGGGUCAUUACAACAACAGUUUGCAAUUUUUAUUUGUAAAUGAGAGGCUUCUUCUAAAGACACGCAUUCAUAAAACACUAAACUGCCUUUUAAAGAGAAUAAGCGGUGCUGCAAGGCAAAACAACAGCCCGACCUCAUAUCCGGUAACAUCCAGCCCCAAACAGAAGGGAGGAUGUGAUCUCCAUGGCAUUUAUGUGAUAAAUAUCAAAUGUCAUUACUCAGAGUAUGACGUAUGCCUCGAACCAGCCAAGUCUCUGAUAGAGUUCAAAGACUGGGAUAAUGUGCUCAUCUGCAUUGAAGAAGGGGUAAAGGCAUUCCUUACUAAAGAAAACCUGGUGUCGGAGUUAAACACGAUCAGUAAUGAUGGUCUAGAAUGUAGUCCGGUGAGGAAUGCAGAAACCUCAGCAAAACAAAACCUCAGUCAUGAGGAAACACAUGAAGCGUCUGAGGCAAUGAUUGAGAAAAAUGAUGAUUCAAGUGUUGUGGACGUCGCUGAUGGUGUACAAAUGUUAGAGCAGGAAUCAAUAAACACAGAAUCUGAAUCAGAUGCCAAAAAAGCACUUCAGAGUGGAGAUUUGCCUUUCCAGACCACACUUGUUGGCGCUACUGAAAUUAAUAACAACCACGAAGAAGAUGAAAAUGCAGUUUGUUCAAAUAUAAGCCAUAAUGAUUCACUGGUAACUGUAAACAAAAAUGUGAUGGGAAGCAAAUCGCACAAGAUUUCAGUUCCAGAAGCACAAGAUAGUUUGCAGAAAUUCUACACCCCAAAUAAACCCUCUCCAAAAAAGAGAAGGAUGCCGUUAAAUGACACCGAAGAAGACAAACAUGUUUUUUAUGGUGGUCCCUCAAAGACAUUUAAAGCUACACCACCUCGUAAAUUAACCCUGUCUUUUGAAACGGGAUCUCUUGACAAGUUCAAAAGGUUGUUUGGGAAGGAGGCUAAGAAAAAACAGCCAUCUACAGAAAAAACAAGCCUUUUAAAUCCAAAUCCCAAUGACCGCUUUGUAGGAUCUACAUUGCAUUUGCAUGAUCUAGACCAUCCAGUAUCGAGGAACAGUUCAGGUCGUCCUUCUACAAACACAUCUGCUGAAUCUUCAUCACUGAACAAGAAAAACAAAAUAUCAUUAGCUGCCAAGUGUUCCUAUUUAAAACAGGACGUAGAGCUCUGCAAAGAUUCCAACUUCCUUACACAGGACCAUUCAUCUUUCCCAGCCUCACAAGACUCAUGCUUUGAAGAACUAGAAAAACCCCUCUUAGAUGAAGAUGCUUUAUUUGGAUCAUCUGGAAUUGUUGAUUCUGUUGACUUUGCCCUUAUUGAACAGGACAUAACAUUACCAUCUGUUGCAGAAGAAUCGCACCUCUUCAACAACAAUGUGACUUCCUUUAUGGGAAAUGAGAGUUGUGUUGAUGAAGCCUCUCAGCGUGAUCCUCUACACAGCAUUACAGGAAAUGAAGGUCAGACUACAAACGAAAGUGUUGAAUCAAUCCCAGUGUCCAACAGCUGGUUGGCUCAUUACGAUAGCUGGUUAGGAAAGCUGGUUUAUAUCAAUCAAGUAACAGGGCUCAGCAAGUACAACUCUCCCCCUAUGGAGGAGACUCAAGUGCCAUGUACCACAGAUGUCACUAACAUGGCGGUCAGUGUUAUUUCAAGAGCAGGUGCGAGAAAUGCAGUGAGACGUUUUUGGAUCAGUAAUGUGCAGAUGUCUUUUAUUAUAAACAGCUUCUCUUUGCUCUUAGGAUUUGAGUACAGGUGUUAUCCAUUUCAGUCAGACAUUGUACUUCCCUUUCUGCCCAGAGCAGAAAGAGCCUUUAACUCAGGGACAGACAGCAGAGAGGAUGCCCAAGGUCCCGACUCACUGUCGACUUUAUUCUCAGAAUGGCACAACCCUGUGUUUAUACGACCGCCAGAGGUUGCUGUUGAUGUAACCAGCGGCCAAGCGGAGGGUCUUGCUGUAAAAAUCCACAAUAUUCUUUUCCCCUACCGUUUUACCAAGAAUAUGAUCCACACAAUGAGAGUCAUCAAUCAAGUAGACAAGAAAUUUCUUGCUUGUUUGAUAAAUACAGCAGGGCAGAACACCUCUGAAAGCAGUAUGGAUGAAGGAAAUCUUCUAGUGUUGGUUGAUCAACAUGCUGCCCAUGAAAGAGUUCGACUAGAGGGUUUGAUAGCAGACUCUUAUGAGAACGAUCCAGACACACCUGGAAAAAAGAGGCUGUGUUCCUCACGUGUAACCCCACCUUUGGAGAUUAAAGUAACUGAGGAGGAAUUGAGACUUCUGAGGUCUUGUCAGGGUUUCUUGAGAGGUCUUGCGUUAGAUGUGAGGUUUCCGAAAACUGAGUCACUAAGUGUGUUUUUGGAGAGUCUGCCCGCAUGUUUCAUAGAGAAAGAAAGCACAGAGCUGCGGCGUGGAAGGCGUUCGGUAAUUAAAACCAUUGCAGAGGAUUAUCUGCGAGAACACAUUGAGCUUCUUCGCUCAACAGGAAGAGUGAGAGGAAUUCUGCCUCUGACAGUACAUAAUGUGCUUGCCUCACAGGCUUGUCAUGGAGCAAUCAAAUUCAAUGAUGUUUUGAGUAAAGAGGAGUGCUGUAGUCUGGUGAGCUCGCUCUCCUUUUGCCAGCUUCCUUUUCAGUGUGCUCAUGGGAGACCCUCCAUCGUCCCUCUGGCAGACCUGCACCACCUGGAAGAAGAGCAGGAUCUUCCCAAACCAAAUCUGAAGAAACUGAGAAGAAUGUACAAGUCAUGGCAGCUGUAUGGACAAAAUCAAUACUUUGCACAGAACAAAGCAUAAAUUUAUAAGCAGAAACCACUUUUGUAUUAAAUAAUUUAUUUUGAUAGAGAUA